CUGGGACACAACCUGAGCCUGGAGAAAUUGGGAGGAGCCAAAGUCGGUAGUGCUGAGUACCCAUUCCUGAGGUUGCUCCGGGCCCUGCGCCCCGGGGAUCUCAUGGUGCAGACCUGGGUGCGGAGGACACGGCGGGGUGUCGCGGGGACACGAAAUCUCCCGGAGCCGCAGUCUCCGCGCGGGCGGCCUGGGAAAGUCACAGUCACAGCGCAGUGGCGGGAACCGCAGCCCGGCGGCCCUGGAACCUCCCAGGGAAGCGACCAUCUAUUCAUUGUUCCUGAAAGAGAAACUCAAAGAACAGAAACAGUAGGAAAUGGCUGAUUCUCCAGUAAACAUGUCUCAGAGUCUGUUGACAUUUGGGGAUGUAGCUGUGGACUUCCCCCAGGAGGAAUGGGAAUGCCUGGACUCUGCGCAGAGGGCUUUGUACAUUGAUGUGAUGUUGGAGAAUUAUAACAACCUAGUGUCUGUUGAGAAUUAUUGCAAAUGUGAUCCUGUCCAUCAACAUGUGAAGACUAAAAAGGAGUCUUGUCAGUGUACUGAGCUUGGCGAAGUGCUUCAUGACCCCUCCAUAAGUGCACCUCAUAAAACAGGUGAAACUACAGAAAACUCUAAUAACUACAGGUACAGUAAUCACUGGGAUGCUUCUGUUGACUUAUCAAAUUCAGAUAGACAUGAAAGCAUGCAUACUGGACAUGAACCUUGCAAAUCUAAAGACUGUGAAAAAUCUUUAAAUUUGUGUUCCAACAUUACACAAGAUCAGAGACUCUACACUACAAAGAAAGAGCACAGGCAGCGAGAAUAUGAUGACUAUUUCAGUGCUGCAUACAGUCUUUUGCAACAACCAAUCUACAUUGGAGAGACACCACACCGGUGUGAGAAAUGUGGGAAAUGCUUCAGUACUGCCUCAUGCCUCACUGUACAUGAGAGAAUUCAUACUGGAAUUAAACCCUACAAGUGCAAAGUUUGUGAAAAAUCCUUUACCCAGUGGUCAAGUCUUAAAACACAUCAAAGACUUCAUACUGGAGAGAAACCUUACAAAUGCAAAGAUUGUGGAAAGUCAUUUCCUCAGUUGUCAGCAUUUCAUAGCCAUCAGAAAAGGCAUACUGGAGAGAGACCUUACAAAUGUAAGGACUGUGACAAAUCCUUUGCUCACUAUUCCAAUUUUAGGAGACACCAGAAAAUGCAUACUGCUGGAAGACAUUAUAGUUGUCAGGAAUGUGGCAAGGUCUUUCAUCAGAUUUCACACCUUAAAAGCCAUUACAGACUCCAUACUGGAGAGAAGCUUUACAAGUGCAAUGACUGUGACAGAUCCUUUAUCCACUAUUCAUCACUGAGUAGGCAUAGGAAAACUCAUUCUCUAGAGAAUUUUCACAAAUGCAAAGAAUGUGGUAAGUCCUUUCUUGAAUUAUCACAUCUUAAAAUACAUUACAGACUCCAUACUGGUCAGAAGCCUUACAAAUGUGAGGUCUGUCACAAAUUCUUUACCUUAAACUCAACUCUUAGAACACAUGAGAAAAUUCAUACUGGGGAGAAACUUUAUAGAUGUGAGGAAUGUGAGAAAUCCUUUACCAAACACUCAGAUCUUAGAAGACAUCAGAGUGUUCACACUGGAGAGAAACCUUACAAAUGUGAGGAAUGUGACAAGUCGUAUACUAGCUGUUCAUAUCUUAGAGCACAUCAGAAAAUUCAUACUGGAGAGAAACUUCACAAAUGCAAAGACUGUGACAUAUCCUAUAUCCAUAUUGCAAGUCUUAGGAGACAUCAGAGAGUUCAUACUGGAGAGAGACCUUAUAGAUGUAAGGAAUGUGACAAAUCCUUUACCAGUUGCUCAAAUCUUAGAAGACAUCAGAGUGUUCACACUGGGGAGAAACCUUACAAAUGUAUGGCAUGUGGCAAGUCCUUUACCCAGGACUCACAUCUUAGAACACAUCGAAGAGUUCAUACUGGAGAAAGACCUUACAGUUGUCAGGAAUGUGAUAAAUCUUUUGCCCACUCUUCUGGUUUAAGGAGACAUCAGAAAAUCCAUAAUGGAGAGAAACCAUACAAAUGCAAAGACUAACACAUCCCUUAUCCCUAUGUCUUUCUGUACAUUAGAAAUUAUACCUCCCCAAAUGCAUUGAAUUUGACAAGUCCUUUACAUGUUUCUGAAGGUGCAGAGAUAAAAGAAAAUUCAUCAUUAAAAAACCACUCUGAUAAAUUCUUACCUUUUAUUCACCUUCAAAAUCUUCAUAGUAGAGUCACAUCUCUUGUGUUACAAAAUGGUAGGCUCCCAUAUAGCUUCUUCAUGGUCAUCUCAUGAAGUUGACCUUGGUUGAUCUUUUAGCAGUCCCCUCUCUUCUCCAUAUGCAUUACAUAUUUGAACCAUUCUGCCCCUAGGAUUCCUAAUGUCUACUUUCAUAUUACCUAUAUUCUGCUAUCCACCCUAUCUUUUUCUCCCCACUAAUUGUCUAUUUCAGGAUUCCUGGCUUCUACAUGUAGUCUUACUUGAACACAUGAAACAAAGUUUGUAGCUUAGACACAUAUGUGAGAGAACAUGUGAUGUUUGACUUUUGGGGUCUAGGUAUUUGAACUGGUCAUAAUUUCUAGUUACCUACAUGUAUACCUAGAUUUCAUACUUCCAUUUUAAUUUACACCUGAACACUAUGCUGCGUUACAUAGAUAAGUAUCACAUUUUUAUUUACCCAUGUUUCAGUUCAUGGACAUCUAUGUUGUCACCAUUUUCUAGAUAUAGUGAAUAAAGCAGCAAUGCACAUGAUGGGCAAAUGCUCAUUGGUAAAAUGGCAAGUCUUUGGAGUCAUGCCCAGGAGUGGUUAUUGUGUAUCAGUUUUCUCUGAGAUUAAAUCCUUCCAUCUUGGAGGAAUCUCCUUCAAACAUGGGACAUGAAAAGCAAGGUAAAGGAACAGGAUGCUUUAAGGCACUGGUUCUCAAGCUUCCUGAGAAUACAGGAAC